ACCAAAUGCAGCGUACGUCCUUCGAUGUGAAUUCCAUUGCGGCCCUGCUGCGGCAAACCGAGGCCAACUUGGCAGCAUUGAAGCCGCGGCAGGAAGCGCAGAGGUAUUCAGGAGAACCCAUCUUCUCCUCAACACUGCCGUACACGUCCUCCGCACCGGUGCGAAGCCAGCUGGGCUCUGGAGUUGAACUUGAAACUCAGGUAGUCCAGUUGCGAACCUGCAUCGAGACCUUAGAGAGACGCUUGGAGGAAGAACUCCGAUCUUUUCUGGCGAUCUCGGAUAAGCGUUUGCAGGCUCGAGAGGAGCAGCUGAGAGGAAUCGGCGAGACGCUGCAGGCGUCUGCAGAUGCCGCCAUGGAGCAGCUGAAUCGACGGGUUGACACAAGAUUGCACGACCUGGAACGUGCCGGACUCGCCCCAUCUGCACUAGACGAGAUUUGGGAAGCCUUGAAGCGUCUUGAAGGCGACUGCCAAGAUCUCGACGGCAAGCUGCGGCGCGCUGCCUCAGCAGAUGAUUUGGCAGAUCGCUUCAAAGAGGUGGAACGGGCUCAAGUGCAGCGCUUUGACGAGCGUUUGGCAACCCAGGAGAAGCGAAUGAGCGAUAUGCGACUCCAGCUUCAAACCGCUAAUGAGGAAUUCUUGCAGGCGAUAAACCGCCGUUGCGAGGUGCUAGAGAAAAUCGUUUGGGAAGGUCAAACUGACAAAGGAGACAUUGAGACAGUCUUCAAACGACUGGCAGAGGCUGCACCCAUUCGUGAGAUGCAAGAAGAGAUCAAUGCAUGCAACUACGAAAAGGAGGUGCAACGAACUCGCCUGACUACCUUGGAGGCGAAGCUGUCGAAGCAAGCGGCCUUGGAAUCCAAGGUCGACUUCAUGGAAUCUCAGACAUCGCAGCAGCUUGAAGAGCAGGCUCAGAAGUUCCGGCACGUCAGUGAGUUGCAGCACAAGCUGUCCCAAAAGUUGGCGUCUACAGAGGCCGCCUCCCAGCGCGUGGAGGCGCAAGGAGCUUCACUGCAAGCGAAGUUGCAGUCGCAGCUGGACGAGGAGAGGGAGCGGAUGCAUAGCAGCUUCGAUGCCUUGCAGCAGCGGGUCACCAAGCAGCUGGAGGAGGUUGAGGGCCGUGCAUCCCGAGGAUCUAAGCGUUCUGAGCAAGACCUCGUUGAACACGUGAACGCCCUGACCCAGAAACUCAUGGAGGAGAGCAUAGCUGCACAGAAGCAGGCUGAGAAGCGGCUGCACACUGUGGAUGAGCGAAGCGACCAGGUGAUACAGGCUGCCCGAAGCCAGAUGGAAAAGGCCAUCCAGGACUUGAAGAUGGAUGCUGAAGUGGCCAAGAACGCCAUGGAUGCGGAUCUGCAGCGGAUGGACCGCUUCGUCCAAGAAAUUGGAUCCAAGAUGUCCACGCAGGAGGGGCAGCUCGUGCGCCUUUCAGACAUGGACAUUCAGCGGUCUCGGAUUGAAGCAAUGGAAUCCAAGCUCAACGAGGUUCAGGGCGAGCAGCGGCUUUUGCGCGAUUUGAAAUCCAUCAUGGAUGCGCACAAACUUCAGGCUGAUCGGCGACUGGGCGACUUGGACAGCGCGCUGGCAUCCAUCGAGGAACAGAUCCGGGAGAAAGACAGAAGGCGAAACAACGACGUUGACGCGCACAGGGCUCGCUUCGAGGGCUUUGAGAAUCGACUUACAGAGCUCCAGGUGAGCCAGGUCCGACACAAGACGUCAGUGGAGAACCUGGAUAUUGCGGUGACCAGCUUGGAGCCGCUACGAGCGACUGUCACCACCCUGCAAGGGGGUUUGGCUGCAGUAGAGGAGCGGAUUCGAUCACGGGCUCAGGAGCUGUCGCAGGACAUGCAGCAAUCCUGGAAUUCCCAGAACUCGCUCACACAGCGCGUGAAUGCACCUCAUGCAUCAUCGCAAGCAUCCCAGGGCCCUAAGCCUGGUUUUGACAAGCCUCGCCGUCAGCGUGUCACUGGUAAGCCUGCAACAGCAAGGGCAUCCGCAAGAUCAAAAGAUGACGAGAUACAGAAGGUCUUCAAUGACAUAGACACAGGUGGCAGUGGAGUCUUAACCCUUGAAGAUUUGCAGAGCUACUUGUGCGAUCAUUUAGGCUUUGGGCAGGCUGAAGCAUUUGGAUUUAUGAAGACUUUCGGCCAAGGCGAUGGAGUUUCAAUGGAAGGCUUCAAGAAGGGCUAUGCCAGACUGACACCUUUCUUGUUGAGCAAGCGACAAAAUGAAGUUCUUAUCCGAAAGGAUGGUUCGCUGAGUUCCAUGGGUCCUCAAAGUCUGCAAAUUGAGGAGCUGGAUGACUGCGAGGUGUAUAUUUGCGAAGUGACCAACACCAUAUUCGUGGACGAAUGCAAGCGAUGCGCUAUGCUUAUUGGCCCUUGCGAAACCUCUGUGUUCGUUCGAGACUGUGAAGAUUGCGUGUUUUGGAUUGCAGCCCAGCAGCUGCGCACAAGAGGAUGCAAGCGGUGCAAAUUCUUCUUGUACUCCAAGCAGAUGUCUCAGAGACAGGUUCAGUCAGUGGACAAUUAA